UAAGAAAUUAAGAAUGCAGCACCACGUGUGAAGCCUGUGAAGCUGAUGGAUAAGUCAAUCUACCAAUUUACCCUGAAAUAUAAUCCCUAGAGAUAACUAGAGGUGCCCAAAUUCUCAAUCAAAUGGAUCCAGUAAUGGAAUUACCACAAACUGACUUUACUGGCAGUGACUCUGUUAUACCAACAAGUCAUCAAAUGGAAACAGACAGUGAAACAAUACCAAAUGUUGUGCCAACAACAGCCCCUGGUGGUCCACAGUCGGGAAAACAUGAAGAAUUCUCAGUCGAAAAAGUCCUAGAUAGAAGAAUUAAAAAUGGAAAAGUAGAAUUUCUACUAAAAUGGAAAGGUUAUUCUGAUGAAGAUAAUACCUGGGAGCCAGAAGACAAUCUAGACUGUCCUGAACUUAUUUCCGCGUACGAAGAAGCCAGGCUGAAAAAAGAACGAGAGGCAAUACCAAAUGUGACAGAGUCUGUUGAAGAAACACCUACAAGAAAACGUUCCCGCAGAGCUGACAAGAAAAAGAAGAUUGAAGAAGUUGAAAAACCAAGAGGUCUUAAUAGAGGAUUGGCACCAGAAAAAAUUGUUGCCGGUCAACUUUUCCAUGGAACACUUUAUUUCUUAGUUAAAUGGGAAGGUUGUAUGGAGUUAGAUGUGGUACCGGGCCAUGCUUUAGGCGAGGCGUUCCCUGACUUUGUGAUCCAGUAUUACAGUUCUUGUGUUCCAUUCAGUGUACGACAUCCAGUGCCAAAAGUUCCUCGGACAGCACCAGAGCGUCCUCCACCAGUUAGUGUGUCAAAUGACACACCAAUGGAUUCACAAGAGAGUGCUAGUCAAAGUUCUAUUGAAACCCCUUCAGACACGCCAUCUACAGUUGAGAAUCCGUCUGAGGAACCUGCAGCAGAACUGGAGGCGCCCUCUAUCGAAGUUCCUGUUAACUGACCUUUAGUUAUAUAUCUUGAAAAUAUCGAUUGAUAAUUAUUUUUAUAUGAUGAUAAUUCAUAAUAAAAAUCAUUUAUGGAUUGAUAAAUAAACUAAUAAUUGUUA